CUCUAUAAACAGCCGCCUCUUCCAACCAAAAACCAAACACAACCAAAACGCCAUGACAUCAACACUUCUCGAAACGUGCCGCAUUCCAUCGGCGGCGGCGGCGGCGGAAGAGCUAUCGGUGCCCCUCUCCUUCUUCGACAUCAAAUGGCUCCACUUCCACCCCCUCCGCCGCCUCCUCUUCUACGACCACCCUUGCUCCAAACCCCAAUUCCUAUCCACCGUCGUUCCACAGCUCAAACAUUCUCUCUCCCUCACUCUCCAGCACUACCUCCCCGUCGCCGGAAACCUCCUUUACCCUUCCGACACCGAGAAAAUGCCGCGGCUCCGCUACGUCGCCGGGGAUUCAGUCCCGGUGACCGUGGCGGAGUCCGCCGCCGACUUUGAAACCCUCACCGGAAACCACGCGCGCGACGCCGAUCAGUUCUACGCUUUCCUGCCUCCGAUGCCGCCGAUCGAGGAGGAAUCCGAUUGCAAAGUAGUCCCCGUUUUCGCCGUGCAGGUGACUCUGUUUCCCGGCGCCGGAAUCUGCAUCGGCUUAUCCAAUCACCAUUGCCUCGGCGAUGCCAGAUCGAUCGUCGGAUUCAUGUCGGCGUGGGCUGAAAUCAACAGAAUCGGAGGAGAUCAAGAAUUUCUCUCCAAACACAGCGAUUCUCUCCCGAAUUUCGAUCGAUCGUUCAUCACAGAUCCGAACAAAAUCGACGCUAUUUUCUGGAAAGUAAUGAGAAACAUACCUUUAAAAGCAUCUUCGUUUCCAUUACCUACCAACAGAGUCAGAUCCACAUUCAUACUCCAUAAAUCCGACAUCGGGAAGCUCAAAAGCGCCGUCGCCGCGCCGUCGUCGUUCGUCGCCGCGGCGGCGUACGUCUGGAGCUGCAUGGUGAAAUCCGGCGACAAAUCCGACGGCGACGCGCCGGAGCUUUUCAUCAUCCCCGCCGACGCCAGGGGGCGGACCGAGCCGCCGGUGCCGGCGAAUUACUUCGGAAACUGCAUCGUGAGCGGGGUGGCGAGAGCGGAGCGCGGGGAGCUGGCGGCGGAGGGCGGAUUCGCGGCGGCGGCCGAAGCCAUCGGCGGGGAGAUCGAGAGGAAAUUGAACAACAGAGAUGAGAUUCUGAAAGGCGCGGAGAAUUGGUUGUCGGAUAUCUGGAAAUGCUUCGGGAUGAGUGUGCUCGGAAUCUCUGGAUCCCCGAAAUUCGAUCUGUUGAAUGCGGAUUUCGGGUGGGGAAGGGCGAGGAAAUUGGAAGUGUUGUCGAUUGACGGAGAGAAUUAUUCGAUGUCGCUGUGUAAUUCUAGGGAUUCCGACGGCGGAUUGGAGGUGGGUUUGUCGUUGCCUAGAGAGAGAAUGGAGGCUUUUGCCGCGGUUUUUGCUGAUGAACUCGCGAAAAUGUGAAUGAAAGACUUGAGAUUUUCUGAUCUAAAAUUGUUUUUGUUGAUGGAUUAGAAAAAGUAUUUAUGAAUAAUGAUAGAUUCAUUUAUGCGAUAAUAAAAUGGGAGAUGCAGUAUA